ACACUUAGAAAAAAAUACAUAGCCAUAUUUUUAUUUAUUUGACAUUAUUUAUUAUCUUUCUCUGUCACCCUUUAAAAGUUAUGAAUUAUACUAUCUUCUCUGUACAAUAAUGUCAACAAUGCAAUUUGAACCCGAAACAAAGUUUAGUAAAAAAGAAACAAGGAUUAUUCUAUUAUGAGAUUUAAUGCUUAUUUUAACUAAGUAAAAAUAACAAAAAUAAUAAGUAGAGUUUGUUUAUAUUUAAUAAAAAAAGUGCUAAUGUCUAUUGCGGAACGUUUUCAUUCACUUGGAUUGCUAUAAAAUGUUAUGUUAUAAACAUGAACAAACAUAAAAAAAAAUGUAUUUAUCGUAAUCGGAGGUGGUAAGCGAAGCACUGCACGGUUAAUUUGCAUCGUUGGAUCACUAUUUUUGGCACAUUAAAUGGAACAAACAGAAAUUGAAGCCGUGGUUGUCAAGACCGAGGUGAUAGAAAUAUCUGAUGAGGAAGAACAACCCAAACCCAAGAGAAAGAGGACCAAGAAACCAGUGGCGCCAUCGGAGCGCCUGCCGUGCGAUGAGUGUCACAAAACUUUUGCUACCAAAUAUGAGCUAAAGAAACACAACCGAACCCACACAGGAGAGAGGCCGUACAUGUGCCCCAUUUGUGGAAAGACGUACACUCAGCUGGGCCAUCUCAGCAUACAUCAGCUCAUGCACGCCGGCAUCAAGAACCACCACUGCACGGAAUGUGGAAUGUCCUUCUACAGAAAAGCUGAUUUAGACCGUCACGAGAAAACUCAUUCAGGCAUCAAGCCUCAUACAUGUGAAAUAUGCUCUAAAAGUUUCUCCCAAAAGAAUAAUCUUGUGAUGCAUCUGAAAAUGCAUAUAGGAGACAGGGCCCAUGUCUGCCUGGUGUGUAACAAGCGGUUCAUGACUCGGAGUAAACUGAUGCUUCAUUCCAAGAGACAUGAGAAGGAUAAAAAAUUAAAGAAUUUGGUUGGUAUCGUAGAAUCUGACUGAUUUUAAUAUCUGAUAUUUAUCUAUUGUCUCAAUGUUAAAAUAGAAAUUCCAUGACAUUGAAGUGUAUUUUUAAGAAUGUAAAUGAGCCAAGUUAUAAAUUAUAUUUUCCCAGGACAAUGUUUUAGUGAUGCAUAAUUUUUUAUUACCCAGUUUUCAUAUGUCUGUGUUUUGUGUAUAAGUUGGAUAAGCUAAAACAAACAAACACCUUUUAUUAUUGACCAGUUGAGGAAGAAAUGUUUGUUAAUUUAUGUUUAUAAUGGAUAAUUAAUUUCUCUUUAUUUUGAUUUCUGUUUGAUUGUUUAUGCAAAUACAAUACAUGAGUUUCUUACUUAAAAAUGUAAUCUGCUAUGACGUAAAAUAUAAAAAAUACCAUUAUAUUUUGUUAGAAGAUAUGGUGCAAGUCAGUAUUUCAAAGCUAAGUACUUAAGCGGUGAAUGUAUAUAAGGAAUAUGGUUUAAAAAAUAUUUAAUUAGUACAUAAUUUUAUUUUAAUAACUAUACAAUAUGUUUCGCUUUAAUUUUAAUUAAGCAAUCAUUGUCUAAUUGUUCGUACAAGCGCAUCUAUUUGAAACACCUUGAUUAUGUUCGAAUGCCCCAAAUGAGUAUUAUGAAUAAAAUAUAAAAGAAAAAGCCAUUGUAAUAGCGAAAACGUUACGCAAUUUUGUAAAAAAUAGAAUUAGUUUUGUCUGUUAGAAAUGGAGUAUGUUGCAGACUAAAAACGCCUUCAAAAUUUAUAAACUGGACAGUUUUUUUACUAUUAGUAGAGUUUACACUACAUCGAAUGUAUAUCAGUAACACUAUUUUCUUGUUCUUCAUAGCACAUCUAAAGGUUUCGUAACUUUCUGGUACGCUAUAUCUUGUUCUGAGACGCUAUAUAAUAAUAAAAUUGACAGCAUGUCAUCAUGCAUUUUUACACCCAUAUCGGUUAACAUAUUUGCGGCCUCGAAGGAAUUAUUCAAAUGGCCUUCUACAUAACUUCCAUCCUUCAUGGUUUUCAAUGUUAAUUUCUUUAUCCCGUGAGGUAGCUGAAUGUUUGCCGGCAAACAUUGACAGCUACGCGUGUGACGGAAAAAUAACCUUAUUAUGUAGUAUAUAUGUAGUAUAUAAGGUUAUAAUCCCGUGACACACGCAAAUGUCAUGUAGCUGUCUUGGCUCGCCGGCGAUUCACGAGAGACCAAGAGUAGACUUGCCUUUCUUACGAGCCUUUAGAUGCGUAAAUUUUCUCAAGUUUCUCCCACAUAUCGUCCGAAGUGGCGCACCCUCUAAUGUGUUUCAGCUCACCUCGACAGAUUGCCAUAAUUAAAUCAGCUUUUGGCAUAUCGUCUUUGUCAGACCAGGCGUUCGCUUCUAUUACAGUGUCCAGCUUAGGUAACAAUUUAUUGACGUAUUUCCAUACUUAAUUUUACUAAAGAUAAGGCAUUUAUAAAUGAUGUGAGUUCAGGUAACUGUGAUGACAGUCAAACGUGUAGGAAAUCUUUAUAUUUUUAAAGGACUGGAAGAAAAACGAUGUUGCUGUUAUACGUUCGAUGUAGUGUAAACUCCGCUAAUAGUAAAUAAAUUGUUCAGUUUAUAAAUUCUAAAGGCGUUAUUCAUAUCCCACUCCUAAGACUGUCGGUCUCAUCUUACUUGCGCUAAAAUCUGUUAAAUGCGCGUGUAGGAAAAAAGCUCGUAGGCUGCGCAAGCGUCUUUCUCAAACAGUGACGGCCUAAUGCGAAACCGAGAAUUAUUUUGUGCGGGGACACAUUACCUACAUUAAACGUUCGUACACAAUUGCAGAAAAUGUAUUUAAUAAAAUUAUAAUGUUACUUAAUGAUAACAACAAUUUUCGAUUCUCUUUGACCAUCAUUUUACAUAUUUCAAUUCGUUUUUAAACCCUUAUAGAGUGUUGACUCAGAGAGUACAACCAAUUUAAUCACCAAACCGAUUUCCGAGAGUAACUGUUUUUGUGUGUGUUCUUUGCAAGAGCGAGGUCCAUGGAAGCGCGAGGGCCGGAGUGGUGGGUCGAUUUGCCAUCCACUAAUAAAAUUGCACGUAAACAAGUCCAGUAUUAGGUCGCGAUAGCCGCGCGCCUUGUUUUUCAUAUUUAGACGUAUCCUUGCAUUAUGUUUUUUUAAGUGUAAAAUGGGAAAAUAUUUUCCUAUUGCGACAACUCGAAAUUUCUACGUUUUAAAGUUUAAACUAAUUUAAAUAGUAGACAAGGAUAGAAUUCACUUUUAGUGUUCAAAUACUAUAAACUACUUUCUGUUUUCAUCAGGCGUUCUAAGAUUUUUUUAUAGAUAAAUAAUUUUAGCCACUCUACGACGAACACUUUAAUUAUUUACAGUUAAUUUCCUUUAGUUAAAAAUUAGAAUGAGUACUUUUAAAUUGUGUUCAGGUAUUUUUUAUAUCUGGAUAGUAAUAACAUAAUGAACAUUUUAAAUAAAGAUUUUUGAACGCGCUUAUCUCAUAGCUUUUCACAAAGCGGAUCUGCGACGCAUUCGUCAAAUGUAAUGUGUUUUUUUUGGUUUCGCGGUGAUAGUGCUUUAUUACCACCGCCCAGCCUUCGUAGGGGGCGACUGAGCAGGUGGGGUCACUAUGGCUUACGACCCGGUGUUGAGUCGCUCAGAUUUGAUGUUGUCCUUCGGGAAAUGUGAACCCUAACCUUUUGUUAGUUACGCGCAGGCGCGGCAAUCGCCAUUUGAAAAUUUCCCAAACAUUUCAUAGUAUUUUUAAGGAUUUUUCUUUAGGAAAGAACCAUCGUACGCUUCCCCUGAUAAUAUUACGAAAUGGAUUUUAUCUAUUCAAAAAGUUUAUCUUUCGAUUAAUGUUUUAAUAUCUAACAAGUAACAUUUUGUCAACCUUAAAUUGAUGGUAAGAAAGGUAACGGAAACGUUGAUUGCAUGUCAGUUUUCUGCGAGACUGUACGUCCUUCAUUUUGGAACUGCGGAGGCCUAAACUAAUCGACUUUCCUUUAAGCUAGAAUCCACGAAUUCUACAUAAUUGUAUGUGUUAUUGAAUGAUCACUUAAAAUUGCUUUAUGAUUAGUAGAGUUAGCUGGCCUAUGCUAUUAAAAAAUAUGAGGGGCGAUUGACUGACCCCCUUCCCUCGAUUUUGUGUGUCUGCGCACUUUUAUAUAUAAAACAAAUAUCUGCUAUGCUACUUCAUUGACCAAAUGCUGGGUAGUUACGUCUCUAGAACUAGCCAAGCUGACCAAGAUAAAUAAUAUAUAACGACGGGUGAAAAGCAUUGACUUAAGCGCCAUUUUUUUGCGACACUAAGGCUGGCUUGCACAGCGACUUAUUAAACAUAUUUAGUGCUAAACACAUUUAAAUCUUCGUGCUGUCACUGUCAUCGGAGGCGACCUUUGGGGGAGGCGAACCGAGCAACCGCCCGGGGCCUUGCGCUUACAGAGGCCUCGCGCGGUGCCUCGCAGGACCUUUUUUUAUGUUCUUACCGACGAAACUGUUAAAACAGGGGAACGUGUUUUUACUCUGCCCGGGGCCUCGCGUCUGUUUCUUUUUGCUUUCGCCUGGGCCUCGCUUCGUUUAAGGCCGCCACUGACUGUCAUCUUUUUAAGAGUUGAUGAAGACAGUAUUAUGAUUAAAACAUAUUUAGCCUUAAUCAUUUUUAGUGAGUGGUUGUGGAAGUCGGCUUAAGUUACAUACAUAUUUAAAAUCAGCACUUUUUUCUAAGUUUUUUUCAACAUAGUUAAAAUUUUUCGAAAAAUUUAAUACGACGAAAUUUUAAAGGCCGAAAUAUCCAUGCAUAUUAAUUAUUUUUACGUUUUUCUUUCAACUGCGAGAAGUAAUCACUAACUAGACGUGAAUUUAAAUUCUUUACUUGUCAAUACUUGUUUAGUUACCCAGAUUUAAGGUGAAACAAAAUGUAUGAAAAAUGGACCUUAAGCUAUAACCUUAAGUCAAUUAGCUUUUCAACCGCCGAUAAUUAACCUCGAAAUAAUGUGCAAGCAGAUCGACCUAAGACUACGCAAUGUCAAUUGUGAAUUGACCACGUAACAAUAUCUUUACAAAUGUUAUUCUAAUGUUUAAUAUAAUUUUAAUCAUAAGUUAGGGGAAAUGUUAAGUUCUUAAAUAGAUCGCUAGAUAUGCGAAGAAUCUAUUUAUUUCGAAUGAACUAAUUAUGAUUGUGAAUGUAUUUUACAGUGAUACAGUCUCAACAGUGUUUUUGUAUCUAUUGCUAAAGGACUACACAGAAUAUAUCCAAUAUAUUUUUAAGUAAUAAUGUUCAGCCGUAAGUAGGUCUAUUAUAACUUUCAUGCAGAACGGAAAUUUAAAAUGUUCAGUUUUGAAAGUAAUAAUAGGUUUUUACCCAUUUGUAUUUACAAAUGUUUCUUGGAGGGUAAUGUCAUUAACGACUCAUUAGUGCUUAAUUAUGGCUACUACUACUACUAAUACUAACAGUACGGAAGGGUGAAGUUUUGCGAAACGGAACACAACAUAUAGGUACUAAGAGAGAUUUUUUGUGGGGCCACGUGGAGGCGCGUAGUGCCCCCAAAAGAAAUUUCAAAAAUAUCAAGAAAAUUGCCAUUAAAAGGUACAGGUAGGAAGAGGGGCCUGGGUACUAAUAUGCAUAAAUGUAGUCUGCAAAUCGUUAUAAUGAUUAUAAAUAGAUUUAACAUAAAUUAUGAAAGGAGUCAGCAGAAAUUAGGUUAUAUGGGACCCUUCGCCACUGCAAGCAACCAAUAUUUAUGAUUUGGCUUCUGUGUGCUUUUGCAAGUGGAUAUAUUUAUUCAUUUCUGCAAAACGUUGUUGGGAUUGCGUCAUUUUCAGCAAGUGUUAUGUAUUUCUAAUCGUUGUAAAUAUUUUUAUUGUUUUUGAAUAAAAUGCAUUCCAGAUGAA